CUUGUCCUCAACAUGCGAGAUAUCCAAUCAUUUUCCAAGCUACAGCCAGUGCCGUCACCGGUUCGAACCGUAAGAUACGUCGACAAAAACUAAUCUUUCCGCCAUUUUGAUUUCUCGUGAGAAUCAGGCGAAGCAGCGUUUUCGGAUUCAUCUGGAUCUACAAGUUUCAAUUUCAACACAGGACACGACAAGUCAACAGGACACGAUGCACCCGGCAGCUCCGAUUCAGACCGUGCAGAUACAGGUGGCCUCCCCGCAGUCUCCCCGGCACAGCCGGUACUCUUGCUCGGUCAAGUCGCUGGGGAUUUUACAGAUCGUUCUGGCUGUGGUGUCAGCCGCUUUGGGCAUUGCGUCCGCUGUUAUCUGGAGGCACUACUCCUUAGCAAGUAUCGUAUCUGGUGCUUGGGGAGGGCUCGUGUUUUACCUCCCCGCUGGAAUCCUGGGCAUAUUGUCCGUUAGGGUCAGUACGUCGCGAAGACGUGUGGCGAUUGCAACCAUGGUCAUGUCCAUUUUAGCCGCAGUCAUGGCUGGUACCAACAUCAUCAUAUACAGCAUCUGCAUGACUCAAACUGUCUAUUACUACAACCCCUACUACUACAUCUCUGCAGAGCUCGGGUUGAAUUCAGUGCUGCUGGUCGUUUCCCUAGCGGAACUGGUUGUGUCGAUCGUUGCUUCCGCCUAUUGCUGCUACGUCAUGAAGGAAUACCAGCCGGCCACCACCACGAUCCAGUACGGACACCCAACCACGAAUAAUAUAUACAACCACCAACCGGCUGCUUACCCAGGGCCAGCCGUCGCCCAGGCUCCUGCGAUGUUUGUAACCAACCAGGCCGCUGCUUCUUCCCCGCCCCCUAGCUACGGGAACGCCGUCGGAGCCGACAUAGAUGAUACCACAAAGGGCAAUAUCAACUUGGCUUGAGUGUUCUUCACAAACAGCCGUCAUUUUCUCAAGAAUCAACCGGCAAAAACAAAGACAUCACCUGUACAAAUACUAAAUAAAACUUCUGCGUCAACUAGAAAAACAAUCGUUAAAAACAAUUUGUCAAUUUCAAAUUGACCAAAUUUCUUGUGCUGUUUGUUUUCUAUUCUGUGUACCCAGUUUCUCUGUAAAUAGUGUUAGAAACCACAACAUGAAAGCAUGCAGAAGGUUUGCAACUUGGCCCAAUUUCAGGGCGCUGCUAAGCAAACGAUUUAACGGCAUUAUAGCGUAUGCUUAGUUCAUGGAGACUGUCAGUAUUAAGCACAGCAAAAGGCACGCUCACCCCGGAUGAAAAAUUUGCCUAUUAACUUAGUGACGUGCAAUAGAAAUCUCCAAGCGCGUCCAUGCAAUUUUUGUGUUAAGCACAGCAACCGUGUUUAUAAUGUUCACCGUGAAAUACUCUUACCGUCUGGCACAAAAAAUUGUGGUAAGCAGCUCCGCAAAAUAAACACCUUGUGAGUUAAAUUUGAAUAAAGUCUGGUACGAUGAGUUAUCUGAGUGCACAUUAACGUAACGAUUUGAAUUACCCUGACUGAAGACACCACUGUUGCUACACCUCUUAGCGACCACCAUCUCUGGAAUGGACUGGUUCCUUUGCGCCCUUCUUAUCCACUGAGAACAGUGUAUUGUUGCAAGGCGUCUCUUAUGUAACUAAGCAAAAGCCUGUCCCGAAUCAGUAAGUAUAGCAACGGGGUUUGUAGUACGGAGAAUCCAAACUGUUGAUUCACGUGAAUUUAAGGAACUCAGUGUGCCAGAUUAUAUUCAAAUUUAACUCGCAAAAGGCUCGUUGGGCCCUGCUAAUGAAUUGACAAGGACGAAAAGGCAUCUUUAGACACUUAGAAACAACCGUAGGGUAACCGGAGGUGUAGAUUACGUUAUUCAGUAUGUGUCACUGCAUAAGAACUUGCACGAUAUUCUUGCUUGUGACCUUUAAUGGAAAGAUUAUUCAGAAAGUGUUUUAAAAAUUAUUUAUUUAUUACAUUACGUGAAGUUUGCACUUACAAAAAAAUGUGUAACUCCUGUUAAAAUUUCGCAGCUACCUUGUGUGUAUUUCACGAAUUUUGUAAUUAGAAACCCACCAAAACAACUUUAGAUGUUUUGUAUUGUAAGUGUAUUUCAGUUAAAUAAUAAUUUGAGACAGCUUAAUGUUUGUAUCAGAAAAUAGAGUGAUAAUUAUUUUGCCGGUGUGUGAUUUUGCUGUAGGUUAUUUUCAAAGUUUGAAUGGCAUCAUAAAUAAUUACACAUUUUACCGUUUUACCGAA